AUGGAAUGGUCAUCAGUGCCACUCCAAGCUGAAUUUGGCAUAGAAGAGAAAGAGUUUGCAGCUGGAGGUUUCCGAAAGGCAUUUAAAGCCACAAGCAUUACAGAAGGCUUUAAUAAAGGAACAUGGGUUGUUAAGAGUUAUCUGGAGAGUGCUGUUCAACUCAUUAAAGAUACAAGACAGACCACAGAAGAACAUACUAGAAAGUCAGUACAGAUGCAAUAUCUAGCAAGAAACUUUGCACCGCAGCUGAAGGAAACAAUUGUAAAGGACAAGCUUGACGAAUACGGAGAUUCGUUUGAAUACAAGUCUGUGUACAUGGGGAAAACAGAGGACGGGGAGCUGUUAACAGUUGAGGAGUUCAUCCCUGGAGACUUUGCAAAGUUUAGAAACAACAAUGGAAUUGUCUGUGAAGAAGAUACCAUGCUAUGUAAGAAGGCACAGGUGUUUUCUCAUUUUACGUAUGAGAAAUCAGAAGGCAAAGUUAUGGUUUUAGACAUCCAAAGGUCAGGAUAUACCUUGUAA